CAGGCACACUGGGAGUACCAACAGACGUUAGGCGCCACACAGAGGGAUCAAGAUGGGCAUCUACUUCGACUCGUGGCUCACGGAGCUGCUGGUGGUGCUUUCACUGCCGAUAAUCUACAUCUACCUCAAGUUCGUCUUCAUCCACUACCGCUUCUGGAAGAGCAGGGGCGUACCUUACGACGAGCCGACCUUCCCAUUCGGAAGUCUGCGUGACAGCUUCUUUGGCAAGCUCUCGAUGGGCUUGACAAUCGCCAAAGUGUACAGGAAACACAAAGGCAAAAAGAUCGUCGGCAUCUACGCUCUUCAGCGACCAGCGCUGGUUGUCAGGGACCCAGACCUGGUGCGAACCGUGCUGGUGAAGGACUUCCAGGCGUUCCAAGACCGCGGUGUCACCAUGGACAAGAGGGACCCCAUCAACAGGCACCUCUUCGCCUUGACUGGAAACGAGUGGAAGAGGCUGAGGGUCAAGCUCACUCCCACCUUCACUUCAGGGAAGCUCAAGAUGAUGUUCUCUACUAUGACAGACUGUGGCCGCGAGCUGGUGUCGGUGCUGGAGAAGACAGCAGCCAAGGGCGAGGCGGAAGAGAUGCGCGAACUGGUGGCGCGCUACACCACUGACGUCAUCGCUUCCGUCGCCUUCGGCAUCAACGCCAACUGCCUGCAGAACCCGGACUCCGAGUUCCGCCAGUGGGGCCGCAAGAUCUUCGAGCCGUCCUUCGCCAAGACGAUCAUCAUUAUCGCUCACUUCCUCGCCCCAGCACUGGGCAAGCUUCUCAAGUUUAGCCGCUCUAACGAGCCUCCCGUGACGGAUCAUUUCCGGAAAAUGGUAAGCGACACUGUCAAGUAUCGCGAGACAAACAACGUGACGAGGAACGACUUCAUGCACCUGCUGAUCCAGCUGAAGAACGUCGGUUCCGUGGAGGAUGACAAAGCGGCCAGUGCCGGAGCGGACGCAGAUGCUGCCCGAUGGAAGCUGACACUGGACGACAUAGCGGCCCAAGCUUUCGCGUUUUACCUCGGCGGCUUCGAGACGUCAUCCACCACAAUGAGUUUCGCACUGCACGAGCUGGCGGUCAACCCAGGCAUCCAGCGGAAGCUACAGGAGGAAAUCGACAGCGUCCUGGAGAAGGGGGGACAGGGCCUGACGUAUGAUGCCAUCAGCCAGAUGAGCUACCUCGAGAAGGUCGUAUCUGAGACGCUGCGGAAGUACCCCAUUGUGCCGAUACUGAAUCGCGAGUGCGGCGUGGACUACAAGUUCGCCGGCAGCAACAUGGUCAUCCCCAAGGGCACGCCGGUGAUGAUCUCCGUGUUUGGGCUUCACCGAGACCCCGAGCACUACCCGGACCCAGAGCGCUUCGACCCCGAGAGGUUCACUGAAGAGGCGAAGGCCAAGAGGCAUCCCUACGUCUACAUUCCGUUUGGAGAGGGCCCGAGAAACUGCAUAGGAAUGCGAUUUGGUCUGCUACAAACCAAAGUAGGCCUAGUGCAGAUACUCUCCAAGUUCAACGUUGAGACCUGCGACAAGACGAGAGCGAAUCUGCGCUUCAGCGCGAAAUCCUUCAACCUGGGUUCUGCUGACGGCAUACAGCUGAAACUGACAAAGCGGAGCUAGUCACGAAGACAUUAUAUCACAUGUGCUUCAGCAGCAGC